UUGCUCUACCAGCAUGCAAAGCAUCGUACCGCGCCCUCCAGGUUCAUCGCCAAUGAUCGUGGACAUCUAAACGAACGACAGGAUAGGCAUCCGGGAAGAAAUCCGUUCGGUAAUUUUGUGGGUAACUGGGAUACACCUUGCCAUCACCCUGGAAACCACGUGGACACUGUGGUUAACCGCUCCAAAGCGGGUAUUCAGUACCUGCAGAAACAACGCGAGCUCUACAACGCUGCCAUUAGUGCCAAUGAAGCCAAAAACGACAAACGCACUGCAGAAGCCGUAAGAAACAGCAUUAAUUGUCUACUCGUUUGCUCUUCUUUAUGUGCACCUAGCCGGUUUCCUUUUAUCAACCAAUCAGCUGGUCGCUGUAUUUAUAGAUUAUGA